UUCCACGUGCUGCUUGCGAACUCUACUCCUCCCUCACAUUCUCCAAUUCCUUCGAUCAAUCCCACUGCUGAUCUCUCUUUGACCGGUAUUUCUUGGGCUAUCCAUUUUCUGGAGAACUCCGCAGCUUCCUUGGUUUAAUGUCAUUUUUCCUCUCAAAUUAGGGUUUUCAAUUAGGGAUUCCGAUUCGGAAAAAUGGUGAUGGAGAUAGUGCACGAAGAAAUUGGGGAAGGUAGCGCACAAUGCGCGAAUCAUCCGUACAGAAACAGCGGUUCGGGAGGGAUUUGCGCUUUAUGCUUACAGGAGAAGCUUGGAAAGCUCGUGUCGUCUUCCUUCCACACGGCGGUUUUCCCGUCGUCUCCGUCGUCGUCGUCGUCGCCGUCGUUUAGAUCUGAAUUUGGGGCUGGUCCUCAAGUCCCGGGCCUUGGGACGGCAAGUAAAGGCUCCAGGAGAGCGAAACUGCCGUUCGUUUCGGGUCGGAAGAAAAAGGGGAAAGAUGGAGGGAGUUCAGAUCCCGGCAUUGUUUUUAAGAGAAGCAAAUCGACAGCUACUCCGAGGAGAGGUAUGCAGUUUCUGGACGAAGAUUACAGCCCUAGCAGAAGGGGAUUUUGGUCAUUUCUUUACCUAUCAUCGUCGUCAUCGAAGCGUUCGUCUGGUAGGAAGACUCUCAACAGCUUGAAGAAGAUGAGCGUAAAUCUAGCCAAUGUGGGAUCAUCGUCAGGGUCGUCAUCUGGUAUGAAAAGGGAAGAGUUGGAAGGGAAUGGGAAUGGGAGGAGCCCUGAGGAGGCCGCCAUGGCUGACAGGAAGGUCUCGAGAUCCAGAUCUGUUGGGUGUGGCAGCAGGAGCUUUUCCGGCGACUUUUUCGAGAGAAUUUCGACUGGAUUUGGCGAUUGUACUUUGAGAAGAGUCGAAUCACAGAGGGAAGGGAAGCAUCUGCAGCAAUCGAAGGCCACAAGCAGCAACUCUGGAAAUGAUUGCAUCAAGGAAAGGGUUAGAUCAUGUGGUGGGAUUUUCAGUGGAUCAUAUUUGGUUGCAUCUUCUUCGUCGAUUUCCGGAGGUCAUUUGAGGAGUAAGAGUAAUUGGGGGUGGGCAUUUGCAAGUCCAAUGAGGGCUUUUGGGAAGCCAUCAUCAUCAUCUUCUUCUGCAAAAAGGGUUUCUUCCCAGAACAAGAAUGCAUCUCCAAAUUUGGCUGCAAUUCCUUCAUUGCUCGCCGUCGGCGGCUGAAUUGGCAGAUACAAUUUACAGGUUUUAUCGAAGCCCUUGGUUGAUGUUUGUUUAUUGCUCUGUUUAAUUAAUUCUGUGUUAACUGAUGUUGCUACAUGUUUGCUACUUGCUAUUUAUGAUGAUGAUGAUGCUAUAAAGUUGUUUGGUUUAUCUA